UACUGCUGUUUAUCAAAUACAUGUACCUUCUUGAUCAGGAUACCAAGUAAAAAAGGUGAGUUCUACUGACUUAUACUUCAUUACUGGGGUUUAUCUUAGACAUUCUUGCUCAGGAUACAAAGUAAAAAAGCUUUCACUAUGGAUGUGGACCAGGUUCUGAUGGAAUCCCUUGCCCCACAGCAGAGACUGAAAUUGUGCAAACAGCUUAGACAGGAACAGAUCAAGAAAUAUCACGAGUGGCAGCAGCAUGGUCCUGAACCACCAAAGAAACCUGUGAAAGAUAAAGUCGACAAGACCAAGAAGAAAAAGAGGAGGCCCAGAAAUGUACGCUUUAAGAAUCGUGACGUUAUUUACGACGCUGUGGCACGAUUCGAUGACAGGGAAGUCUUGCAACUUCUCAAGGCCGGAGAGAGCCCCGAUACAUCCAUGGACACUGGUGUGUCACUCUUACACAAGUGUUGUGCCGAUGACAAUGUCUCCAUGACUGAGUUGCUUCUCACCCAAAAGGCCAAUGUCAACAAGGCAGACGAUGACCUAUGGACCCCACUCCAUGUCGCUGCAUCCCUGGACCACUCGGAAAUAGUACAGCUGCUACUUCAGAAUCAUGCAGACCCCACCAUGCAGAACCAUGAUGGCCACUUCCCUAUUGAUUUGACCACAGAAGGGUCAGAGUCGAAUACGAUCAUUCGUGACCAUUUGUCUAAGAUAGGCCUAGGACCGCGGAAACUGUGUGAGAUAUGGCUGCAGGCCUCUGAACAGAUGAUGCAGGACGUCGCCGCACAUCUGAAUGAGAAACGAGACAUCAAUGCAACCAGUGAGAAUGGCGUCACUUUGCUUCACAUAGCAUGUGCCAAUGGCUAUGGAAAGGUGACAUCUUUGCUGCUGAGAAGUAAAGCCGCUGUUGACUUACAGGACAGCUACUGCUGGACACCUCUCCAUGUUGCUGCUAAAUUCGGCCAGGAGAAACAAGCCAAACUACUUCUAAAACACGGUGCCAACCCCCUGAUUGAGGACUGCCUUGGACGGAAAGCUUCCCAGGUAGCCACUGUUGACGAUUUAAUCAGAGAUCUCCAGGCAGCCGAGCGAGCGUGGGCAGAGGAGGCAAGAAAAAACCCGCAUCGGGAAAGGCGUGUUUCGAUCGUUAUCAAUCGAGGCUUCGAACGCUCGGGCUCAGUACCAGUGAGUUCAAAAAUCAUACGCCCACCACACAUAUCCCUGUCCAAACGCGAUGAGUUGUUUGAGAAUGAAAAAUGGACAGAAGAGGUUCCAGAAGAUGAAGAGCAUAGUGAGGAUGAGGAAGAUUAUGAUGACACGUGUCUGUCAUGGCACGUGGGAACAGAGACUGAUGUUGCCAAGAAAAUGGAUCACCUCCCCGAGCCAGUCAAGAAUGACGACCUCAUAAACCUGCCCGAAAUUUCUACUGAGAUUCUGAUUAAUGAAUUAAAAACAAGAUAUGAAGCCGAUAGGAUAUAUACGUACGUUGGUGAUAUUCUGCUUGCUCUCAAUCCAUUCAAGCCAGUGCCAUAUUAUUCCAAGCAGAUCUCCAGUCAGUAUACCAAUGUGGAGAAUUGUAGCAGCCUUAUGCCACAUAUUUUCAACAUCGCCCAGAAAGCCUACAAGAGUCUGGUGACGGAUGCCAAACCGCAGUGCUGUGUUAUCAGUGGAGAGAGCGGGGCAGGGAAGACAGAAUCGUGCAAACACUUCAUCCAGCAUCUGCUGAUGAUGUCAAAGAGUGAAGAGUGUCAUUUGAAUGGGAAAAUUCAAAAGAUGAAUCCCCUUCUUGAAGCAUUUGGCAAUGCUCAGACUGUGAUGAACGACAACUCGAGCCGCUUUGGAAAGUUCAUCGAAGUCGUCUUCACUGAGGAAGGAUUGGUGCAAGGAGCAAAAAUAACUGAGUACCUACUUGAGAAAUCACGUGUCGUCCAGCAUGGAGCUAGAGAGAGGAACUACCACAUCUUCUAUCUGAUGUUCGCUGGACUCUCGCCUGAUGAGAGGACCGCCUUUGGAUUGCGAGAAGCUAAAGAUCAUAGAUAUUUGCGAAGUAAUGACCUUAACGAAGACAUCUCCAAGCAUCUUGGACCAGAGAUGGGUCAGAAGUUCUCGGAGCUGCGAGAUGUGCUACGCUUUGUUGGAUUUACCAAUGAGGAAGUUCGCAACAUAUUCUCCCUCCUGAGUGCCUCACUAUUGUUGGGAGAUCUGAACUUUAAGCCGACGGGAUCAAAUGAUGCUGCCCAGAUUAUAAACAUGGAUAUACUUAGGAAAAUUGCAAGCUUGCUAGACGUCCCACCUGAUGAGCUGAGUGCAGCUUUGGUGUCGGAGGUCAGCAUUACAAGAGGGGAGUCCAUCAAGAAAGAAAGAACCCUGGCCCAGGCAAGUGACUGCAGGGAUGGUUUAGCCAAGGCCUUGUAUAGCCGAUUAUUCAGCUGGAUUGUGAAUGGCAUCAACAAUCUGUUGCAGCCUCCAGAAGACUGUGGCCAGUGUCUUGAGAUUGGCGUCCUUGAUAUCUUUGGAUUUGAGAACUUCCAGAGGAAUAGCUUUGAACAGCUUUGCAUCAACCUUGCCAAUGAGCAGCUGCAACAUUACUUCAAUGAGCACAUCUUUCAAAUGGAGUUGGAGGAUUGUAAGAAGGAGAGGGUCACCCUACUUGAUGGGGGCUUGGUUCAGUUCACGAACAAUCAACCGACCAUUGACUUGUUCCUCGAGAAGCCCAUGGGUCUGUUAUCCAUCCUUGAUGAAGAGAGCAGAUUUCCCAAGGCCAAUGAAAAAACACUGGCUACUAAACUCCACAGCAACUUGAGUGGAUGUUCCAUUUACACAGCACCCAAAAAUGGAGGACCCAGUUUCACAAUCAACCAUUAUGCCGGACCGAUUAUUUACGAUGUGAAAGGAAUGCUAGAUAAAAACCGAGACACUUUGCCCAAUUCCAUCAUGUUCACCUUGAAAACGAGCAACAGCCUGCUCAUCCGUGAACUGUUCCAGUCAAAAGUCACAAGAACCGGUACCUUGGCUCCAAGCAAGAGACAACAGAAAUCACGGGUCGUCCGCAUCAGCAACAAGAAGAUGAUGAAGUCGAAGAAAGGUGCAGAAUCAAAAACAAAGAGCGCGUUCGAUUUUUUUAGACGAAAGAAAGGGUCGGGUGAGAAAAAGAAGCAGGAUCCCCGCUCCGUCAUUCCGGUAGAGAAGAAAGGUCCAUCCUCUGUAGCCUUCCACUUCAGGAAUUCCCUGAAUGAUCUGAUGACAAAAGUCUCCUCAUCCGCCCCUCAUUUUGUACGUUGCAUCAAGACGAAUCUCCGUAAGAGCCCCAAUGUUUUCAUCCGAGAUUAUGUGGAGCUCCAGUUGAAGUAUACCGGGGUUGGUGAGACGGUCAGAAUAAGGCAGCAGGGAUAUCCGUUCCGGCCAACAUUUGAAGAGUUUUUUGAAAGAUACCCUGUGAUUAAGAUGUGCUAUUCCCCGAAGCUGACGGAGGGACAAUCCGUCUACUACAUCUGCAACCAUACACUCCGCAAUCUAAAGCUGAGCGAUUAUAAGGUCGGUAAAACCAAGGUGUUCUUCCAGCUGAAGCACAUUGAACAACUCGAGACAAUAUCGAAAGGUCUGGAAUGUAGCAUUGUCUUGAUACAAAAAGUGUUCCGAGGAUAUUCCGCAAGAAAGAGAUUCGCUGGGAUUCUUGAAACCAAACGACGACAAGAAUCCUACAUCUUGGCCUUCCUAUUGGACGUCGAGCGUCACCUGACCACCUCGUUCGAGUUAUUAUCGGAGCAAUGUGGACAUGACCGUCAACGUCAUGAUGACAUGAUACAGCGUGAAUUGAAGGAAGAGUGCCAGCUGCAGGCAAUGGAAGACGGAAAACGGAAUGAAGAAAUCAACAAGUCAAUAGAUGAGUUGGACAAAUUGAUAUCGGAGGCUGAGACGUUGCUAGAGAAUUACACUAGUGGCCGGGUUAGCCUGAGCUCGACCAGUUCAGAGGGAGACUUGGUUGAGAAUGGGAAUGAACACGUCCGAGAAUCUCUAGAUCACUUGGAUGACGUUUUGGAAGGCUAUGACGACGGCAGUCCGCUAGGUGACGAUCCAUUUGCCAACGAUAUCCUACCAAUAGCGAAUGGUGAAUUAAGUGGAGCCAGUAGCACUAGAAAUAGUGAUGUCAUAGCAGAGAGUAGUGAUACGAGCACAAGAACUAGUGAUGUCAUAGCGGGAAGUAGUGAUGUCAUAGCAGGAAGUAGUGAUGUCAACACAGAAAGUGGUGAUUUCUUACCAGAAAGUAGUGAUGUAAACACAGAAAGUGGUGAUUUCUUAGCAGAAAGUAGUGAUGUCAGCAGUAUUGUGACUGUUAUUGGUGCUACUUUAGAAACAGAGACUGAGAAUCCGCAAAUUCUACCUGGGGCGACCGAAUCCGAAACGGAUGAAGCUACAGUAGCUCCGCCUAGUGAUACUAAUUUUGGUGCUACGUUACGUGAUAAGCGAACUUUGCCAAAACAGGGCGACGACGAGGUUUUCUUGCACGGGUAUAUUACGCCGAAGGAAGGCUCGAUACGGACUAAAAAGCCACCGCCAUCGCCUGCUGAAGCAGCUGACGUGGUUGCGGAUAUAUUCCCUGGUGCACGACAGAGUUUACCCCCUCCUCCUGGCCCAGAGGAGAUGCUGCCGCCCCCUCCGGGAAUGGAAGAGUUCCCCCCUCCUCCACCAGACACAGACGACAACCUCCCUCUACCGCCUCCGCCAGAAAACGAUUGGGAAAUGGGACCUGAAAACGGUUAUCCGCGGCGGCGUUCGCAACCGCAGACACUAACGAUACAGGGUGGUAAACGACCACCGGCGCCACCUAAACGAAGCCCAAGUACUCGACUGAGUUCCGCCAGUCUUAGUGAUGCCCCUUCUUCGCCAAAUUCUCAACAGAAUUCAAGACCCUCAAGCAGACAGCUUGACAAGUAUGAUUCGCCUUCGCCAGAUUCGACGAUAGACUCGCGUAGUCACUCCCGGAGUUCCUCAGGAUCGUAUGAUAGACAAUCUGUGGGUUCCACCGGCGAGCGACACUCGAUUACGCAAUUAUAUGAUGCGCCAAAUGCAUCGCUACGAAAUUCUAUUGCGCUGCAGAGAAGCAUGUCGCAAAAUACACACGAUAGGACCACGCCGUCCUCUUUCGGUGGGCAUCCACAUUAUCAGGAUACCAUGGACAUGGACAGACGCAGGGGCUCUUAUCCCAAGACAGGGGUACCCCCACCUCCUAGGUAUACAAACGGGAGCAAUACUAGUAGUAGUAACACUAGUACGAGUAAUUUAUACGAGGAAAUUAAUGAUUUUAAUAGUUACCAGAGACAUAUUAUGGAGAAAAAUGAUGUGCAGCAUCAACGAUCGCAGAGUGUAACAGACCCGGAUUUGGCGAUGAUGAGGAAUAAACACCGCCCGCCACCGCUACAGACGCAAGAGGGAAGGCCGCCAUUGUAUUCACAUACGACAACCAACGGGCGGUCACCACAACAGAAGUUUCAGGCAGAGGCAAACAUGUCGCCGCCCCCAUCCUUUACACCUCCUCCGCCACCGAAUAAGAAGUCUCCGAAGACGCCACAGUCGCCUGUGCUGUCGUCGUACCGGCCGCAAUCUCCGCGCAUGGCGAGGUUUAACGAGCAACAGGAACCUUACUCGCCUACAUAUGGCCGACGGAAUAGCUCACCUGCGACAUCGAUGAGGCAACGAGUUGGUAGUGGUGGGGUAUUACCGGAGUCGCCCCCACCGCCUGUACCAGAUAAUCAGCAACCGGUGCGCUCGUUUACGCCCCCUAGUGAUGGACCAGUAGUCCAAUCAAAUAUCAAGCCCUCCAUGCUCAAAUCGCCAGCUCAUUCGCAGUUUAUGAAUAACGCCCAACGGAGGAUGUCGCCACCGUCGACGCAAAACAACACCCAUAAUACUCACAAAACACCUCCACCACCUGCGGCGAAACCUGAAAUGGCAUCGCCACCUAUCUUAGAAUCUCAACAUAAUGUCAAACCAUCGAUGUUUAGAUCUUCCACGGCCCCGGAGAAUCCGAAUGCGGGGAUAGAGACUCAGUCAUUAGUACGGCCGUCGAUGUUUAGGAAUACUUCUCAGAGUUCUCCCCCACCACCUCCUGCUCCUAUCGAGAGCUAUCGUUCGUCGGGGCAGCCGGAAAACUACAGGUCACCACCUCCGAAACCGGAGCCGAAAUACCACACACAGGCUCCAGAACCGAUGUAUCAGACAAUACCGACGUAUACGGCGUCUGAGCCACAACAUCAACAGUCUAUCACGCAUGAACGUUUAGUACGACCGUCGGCGUUUAGAGGCGGUGCACCAGCACCAGCCCCUGCACCUGCACCGCACCCUGCCCCACACAUGCACCCAACACGCCACACCCCACCAACACGACCCAUGGAGCCUCUUCCUCCCUCUGCCCCAGCCCCAGCUCCCCCACCGCCACCUCCCGUCUGCAGCGUGCCACCUCCACCUGUGCCCCCGCCGCCUAUGAUGCGGGAACCAGCACCGCAUCAGAAACACAAAGUGAUGAAGCCAGUGCAGCCACCGGUUGCGCCAAAGAACGUCAUGCCACCUGGAACAUCGGGAUCGGACCUCUUGCUUGGAAUUGCAGCCGUCAAACUUAAGAAACGGGAAAAGAAGGAAGAAAAAGAAAGGUUGCCCAAAACACCAGAUGACCAGCACAAUGCCAUGCUUGCUCAAAUCCGUGAUGGCCCGAGACUUCGGCGAGGCACUGGAGGCUUUAUACCAGAGAUCCAUGGAGACACCGUAGAUACUGCUGAUCCACUACCACCAGUCGCCCAAUCAUAUUACCCAGUCUCGACGACGCCGUACCUCGUCCCCACGUCACAUGAACACAUGAACAACUGCAUACCAGACGACAGCGUGGACGAGGAUGACUUACCACUGCCGCCUCCACCAAUCGAUGCAGCGUUCGAAGAAGAGUCACGACAGUAUCAAGAAUUUUUGAAACGGGAGGAAGGACGAUCAGUUUUGAAAGGAGGAGGUUAUAACAAAAAAAUGCCAAGUUCUAAGAGCGGUCCCCAGGAAAACGCCACAUCGGAGUUAGAUGUGACGCAACUUCCUGGCUAUCAGCGGAUACCAGAUAACUGCCCCGUGUGGAAGAGACCACUUAUGGAGAAGAAAAAUAAGGAAAUUGUCGACAAAUAUUUGGAAGAGAAAGCUGUCCAGGAUCAGGAAGCAGCCAAAUGGAAGAAUAUUCCAGAAUGGAAGAAGAAGAUUAUAGAGAGAAAGGAACAGGAAAAGAAGGUCAUGCAGGCCCCAGUUGAACAAGAAAAGAAAAUUAAGGAACAAGAGAUGGAAAAACUAGCAUCGAUGCCUGAAUGGAAACGUGAGAUUUUCUUGAGGAAGAAAAUGGACUCUGGAGAUUCAAGUUAGGCAGAAAAAUGUAUUGGUUUAUUAUUAGAUCUGAUGCAUUUUCAGUUGAAGCAAUAUGAUGGAGGAUGUAAUAUGUGAAUUGGCAGUGGUGUGAGUGUUUGAGGAUAAUUCUAUGACAAGGUUUUUGUUUGAGGCACUUUUGUCUGUACACAGACCUCCAUGUCUGUGUACAUCUAGAAUGAAUAUAUGAGUCGUGGAAUUAUUUCCAAGCCCAGAAAUGAUACUGAGAAGUGUACAUGUACUUAGUAUUUUUGGAUUUUGAUAUUUCAUAAAGUACUUUCGUUGUCAUUUUGAUGUUUGUGUUGCUUCCAUGGAUUAACCCUGAACGCAGGGAUGUGACGUCUGUUCUCCUUCUGAAAAGGGUUAAAUUUGAUAGCAGAAAUGGAAAGAUCUAGACCACAGCUCUCAACAAAGCUUUGAACUUUCUAAUUCGGACCAGAAAUAAGCAUUUUAGACGCAUAUUUUUGCAAGUAAGGGCAGUUCUUUUAGCUGUCUGUCACAUUUCUGUAAACAAAAAAGACAAGCAUAGUGGGCCAGUCUCUAAAUUCAAUUGACAAAUACACCAUGUACAUGUAUGUGUAUCAUUAUCCAAGGAGUACAACUCUACCUUUAUAGCAUGAAGAUGCACACUGCAGUUUUGUUUGCAAUUGCAAUUGGUGAUAUAUUUGUACAACAGCUGACAAAAUUUCAAAAUGGUUACCAUGUGAACUAUGGUUACCAAGGGACAUAUGGUUGCUGAGGAGCUAAAGUUUGUUUUCAAUUGAACCAAAAACUAAGAAGGAACAACAUGUAACAAAUAAGGACCAAUGUUACGGUAUGGACAGAGACACAGUGAUAAUAAUACAAAAUCAAAAAUACUUUGAAAUCAGGGAAAUUACUUAAGCGUUCACCCCGGCUUUAUAUAAAAACAAUUGGAAAGUUUAUGGACGUUGCUGUGACUGACACCCGUUCCCAUACUUGGUCAUACAUUUUCAUAAAUCAGACCAAUAAACAAUGUGAUCUGUACUUGUAAAUAAACACACGAUAACCUUGUAAAACGUUUUUUUAUGAAUUGUGUAUCCAAUGGAGUAUGUGGCCAGCUAAAGUCAUUUGAAGUCUGUUUCAGUAUUUUAUUUUAUUCAAGAUAUCAUAGAUAACAUAGAAUGAGAUAGGAUAGCACUUGAAUUUGUGGUCCAACCAAAGGUUCCUUGUACACCAGAUACAAAGUCCCAACAAGUCUAACUUCUAUAGCUAUAAGACUUAUGAAACAGUUUGCUAACCCAGGUUUACUCGUGGGAAUGCAAAAUUAUUACAUUCAGAAUGCUACCAUCUUUUUUCAGGGUUAAACUGGGUAUAAAAAUGUCCUGCCACAGGAAAUAACCAUGCAGCCACAAGCAUUUGAGUGGUUUGCAAACAAUUUUUGGUGUGGACAAUUCAUUCUCCGUGUCUGUAACCUGCUCGUCAGGUCGUUUGUUAAUGCAGUAAAGCAAAAACUCAUUGCUCUCUUUAAGAUGAUGGAUUUUGAGUAAGGUAUUGCUAAUGAAUGUAGAUAGAUAUAAAUGAAUAUAGUUGGCGAUACUGAUCUAUGUUGGAAGAAGAUUGCCUUUAGUGGUUUCAUUUCAGAUUGUAACAUGCAAAGUUCUGUUUCUUAAUUAUAUUGAAGUGAUAUAAGUAAUCAUUCAUAGUGCCUUUUAGAGCAUUUUUAUCAUACGACAGAUUGGCAUUCAUAAGCAUAGCAAUGCAUUGUAUCAUGUAGUUGGAGUGCAGUUUGUAAUGGUACUGGUUAUGCUUCAAAAGCUAUUCGAGUAGUUGCAGUAUAGAUUUUAUCAAUUUUGUCAGAUGAUAAACAUGAAAUAUGUGCAAAGCCGUGUCUCAUGGCUGAUAGUAUAUAAAAGCUUUGAUGCCAACAAGGGGGGACAAUAUUAAGUUGUAAUAAAUUGUUCAAAUUUGAUGAUGAUUUUUUGCUCUGAUAUGUGGGCAAGUGCAUGAAAUGGGUCAAAGAAAAGUAUUGUCAUGAACAUUUUUUAAAUUAUUGAGCCAGUACUUGUGGAAAUGUUUGUAUUAAGAAUUUAGAUACUAAAUUUUCUUGUUGUGGAAGUCAAGUGGCAUAUGUUUUAUUUGAGCUCCAAAAACUUUAUACUUGCACAUUUCUCAACAAAAAUUACCAGUUGGAAAAUUGAGUGCUGGAACAAGGGUUGCACGGAAGUGGCCAAAGUGUUGAUGCAAUGUAAAUUGGCACAGUAAAGUGGGGUGACAUUGGCCCUGGGGUGAAAUUGCCCCCAAUCCCCCCAUCUUACUUGGGUUAAACAAUGAUAAGUUUAGCACAUUGAGUUAUCUUUUAACAUCAUUUUGUAUGGUGUUUCAGUUAAAAUAGAUCACUUAAUUCUAUGGUUCAAGCUGUGGGGAGGAAACUGUAUUGGACUAAAUCACCCCAUCUUGGGGCCAGUGUUAUUCCAUCUUACGGCAAUGGUAUUGGUGUGAAAACGAAAGUGGUGUAUAUUUGUAAAAAGUGAAUAUCUGCAUAAUCUGCAUGCUUGCAAGUUGUAUAGAAUUUGAUGAUGCUAUAGUGUUGGUAAAGUGGAAUUUGGACAGUGUUAAUGGAAAGCCAAUUUUUCACUUCAUUGCUUUGGUUUCAUUUGAGGUACCUCUAAAAAGAACAGCCUUAGGCUAUGUUUAUGAAAUAGUUCAGAGCAACUGAACUAUUUCUCGUAGGCCAGUGAUUGGCUGUUACAUAUUGUUUGAAAAAGUCAAUAUACUCUUUGUAAAUGUUUGCCGGAACAAAUGGAAAGGCAUGAAAUAAGGUACGGUACCUUGAAUCUUUACAUUUUUGCAUUUGUUUUAAAGAUGUAUUGAUCUUUGCAUGUGCUACCAUCUGAUAACCUGUUAAUUGACCUAAUUCAUCGGACCAAUUGUAGUUGCAAUCAUGGAGAAAACCGCGAUAUCAGCUGGCUCACCAUAUGUGACCCGCUCUACCAAAACUAGGCGCUUGUCGCAUCUCGGAACUUGCCAGGUUGAUACGGCCUUGUUGUUCAUUUCCCUAUUGUA